AUGCCCGCGCGAUCUGAAACCGAUGCCGGUUAUGAGUUUGUGUGCAUGUAUUCCGUUUUCCAUAAUAAUGUUGACUUGUCUUAUUCUAUGACGAUUAGAGAUAUUCCCCGGGCCAGCAACGUUAAGCGGGGGGAUGCGUUGUCUAGCAGUUUGAUGGGCUUAAACCUUCACGAGGAAGCUGAACGACUACUCCCGAAAGACUUCACCUCGGUGCCUUAUAUUAAACAUCAUAUGGACCUCCUCUUGGACCUAAUUGCGAACCACCCAAAUGGCGAUCAGUUUUUUUUGCAGUACGGACACCUUCCAUUCAUCGAGUUUGCUGGCCCUCGCAGCUGGCGAACCUGUUACUAUGCCGGCUACGAUAUUGGCGAAUACGAGCAAGCCAAAUCUCAACAUCCCAGUGGCAUGAUGCUUUUCAGGUGUGUCAGCACUAAAAAGAGGGGCCAACAGAACGUCGAUAUGGUAUGUUUUGGGCUAGUGGCCGAAGUGCUUUCGUCGCUUGCGAUCUUUGACGAAAAUGGGAAUGAACAACCCCAUCACAUUGGUUGCCUUGACUUCUACGUGAUCAAGACCUGGAUUGGCGAUUUGGAAGUGCUGCUCUGUGUCCAGGGUGAUGGCUUUGUACGCUCUGACGACGGUCGCCAUCAGAUUGUCGAGCUGAAGUGCUCGGUGUUGGUGCGGUGCGGCAAUUGGGGCCGACUUCUAGGAGAACUGUCUCCGAUCCCGGCUGAAACGGCAUGCCUGCCACACCACGAAAAACCAUCGUUAUUUUUCGCCAUGCAA